AGCCAAGGCACAAGGCUCUUCCCUUCGUUGCCCAUCACGCCACCCUCGAAGGAGACGCCUCGCCUCGCCUCGGCUCCCACCAUCCAUCAUCGGGCAUACCCCUCCUCCUCCGGUGGCCCAACCGUGAAAACGUUGACCCCGACACCCUCUUCCCCCUCGCGGUAAAUCCCGUCUCCGUCAAUCCCUAUCAGAACCAAAGCAAACCAAGCAGAUGAACUCCUCCCCCCUCCGUCCUCCCUACACACCCAACUCCUCUAUCGUUAUUGCUUUAUUGUUGUUGUUGCUACAGACCCAAAACCACCCUCCACUUCUUGAGUUCUUGACGCUGCCACCCACCCAUGCCGCCCUCCGCCGGCCGGCCCGUUGACUUCAACGAGGACGACUUCGAGGAGUACAACCCCCACCCCUACCUCGGCGGAUAUGACAUCGCGCUCACCUACGGCGAUCCCCUCCCCCCCUCGUCCGCCACCUGCUACCCCAUCUCCUCCUCCGCUUCCCCUCCUUCAGAGCAGACAACCCCCCCUCCCCCUCACGCUACCACUCCUACCUUCGACCACGGUUUGCCGGAGAACUACCAACCGGAGCCCUUCCCGUCGCCAGACCUGUUCAGGAGCUGGCCCUACUCCACCUGGGAGGACCGCCAGAUCUACCACGGUGAUGCCGAAGCCGGCGGUGGCUGGAACAGCUGGAGGCGGGCGUUGGAUUACCUCUUCGGCCACGCGCAAGGGUACGGCGAGAGGCGCGUCGGCGUCGACAGUUACGGGAUUCCCAUCUAUGCCAACAAGAAGCUGGGCGGGGCUGAGUCCGUCGUGGUAGAGGUCGAGCCUGCUCCGGUGCAGAGGCUGGAGUGCUACCAUCCUGAUAGUAGGGCAUCAUGCUACGGUGAGACAACAGAGGAGAGGCAUGGUUAUGAGAAUCCUGUUCUUGCUUACAACAAGCACUACUCCGAGGGGGCUCUUCCAGUGGCGAUCGAUCCAAAUGAGUCCGUUUGGCAUCGGAAACUGAACCACCAUGAGGCUUACCAAGAUCAAGCAUUUGAUGAAAGAGAUCAUGUGACCGCCUUUUUCGGAGGCGCUGGUGUCGCCUACGAUAGGCACCACUAUGAGCAGCCACUGCAUCUGCAAGUUGAGCCAAUUGAAACAGCUCGGUCUCGCAGAUCAAGCUGCAGUGAGGAGGUUUAUCAGGAGUCAACAUGCUCAAAGUCAGAUUGGAAUUCCAUGUCGUACUAUGAUGAUCGAGAUAAUGAAAGCAGUUUCUUUGCAAGUUCAAGCUUUGCCUAUGAUAGGUAUUCCCAUAAGCCGUCCGAUCAUGUCGAGCUCGAGCCUUUCAAGCCAACAUGGCCUCAGAAUAUGGGUUACUAUGAAGUCUAUGGAAACGAGGAGUCUCCCAAGUUGAACUGGAAUUCAAUGCUGUUUGGUGAUGAAGGGGACAAAACAACCAUUUCUGAAGCUCCUAGCUAUUCCAUCCAAAGCCAGUAUUAUGAGCAGGUCCAGAGCGCUCAGCUUGAGCCUUACAAGGCAACAUGGUCCCAGUGGCCAAGUUAUUAUGAAGCCCACAAUGAACAUGGCAGCGAUUGGCAUCUGGACCGCUUCCUCAACUUCUCGGAGUAGGAUGUGUAAUCGACUGCUCCACGACACUUUCGUCUCGGUCAUGAAGUAUCAUCGCAAAUCUAUAUGGUAACACAGUUCAUCAAGUGUACGGUCAUGAAGUAUCAUCGCAACACUUUAGCGGAAUCUGUUUGUUUAUGAUCGAGUCAAAAAUACAUGAAUGGCGACAGUGUGAUUUAUUUUUAAUGUACAUUUGUGAGCGCGUGCUACUGUUGAGUUUUGCUA